CAAUCAUAAUCCACCACUUUCAUCUAUUCCAAUAAUUUAUUUUUUAUUGUUUUGGGAAAAUAAAUUUAAAUUAAUUCCUCAAAACCUUAUAUUAUUAUAUUUCUUCGUUUCGAUCACUUUUAUUUUUAUACAGUUUUUAAGAAAUCACAAAUAAAAAAAAUAAUCAUAGUAAUUUAUCCAUGAAGUACUUUCUUGAAACCUUACGUACUUUACAUUUCUAAAGAGUAUUGAUGGUAAGGGCAAAAUGAAUUUUUUUAGUUGAUUUUAUGUCUAUUUAGUAAGUGAAGAAGUAGUUUCGAAUAUAUAUGGUUUAGCAAGUGGAUAAGUAUUACGACACAUAUAUUUUUAGAAAGAUGAUCAACUAAUAUGGUGCCGGACAGAGUAACUUGUUAAUACUAAUUUCUUGUUGGUCCAGUUCUCUUACCAUCUUUUUCUUGCUUUGCUUUCUCUCUCUUUUUUCUUUGUUUUGUUUGUUCAGUCAUAAAAGGGAAAAGGAAGAAAGCAGACACAAAUUUCUCUCUUUUUCUUCUCUUAUUAUACCCCCAAGAAUUCUCAAUUUCAGAGUCUUUUUCACUAUUUAUUCACUUGGGUUUCCACAAUAUUUUCAGCUUUUCGUUUUCUCUCCACCUAGUGAACUCUUAAUUCUAGAAACUUCCUCUCAUUUUCCUUCUUUUUUUUUUUUCUUGCUUUCACUGUUUAUGUAAAGUUCAGAUCUUUAUAAGAAUAUUUUCUUGGAUUUAAUUUUGGGUUUGAGAUAAUCUUUGUCUGUUUUAGUUUUAGCUUAAUCCCUUUGUUUCUUUUUAAUUACUAUAUUUUAAGAUUAUCACAACAUCUAGUAUUUUUCUUUUGACAUUGAAAAGUUAGAGUCUUUUCAAGAUUCCUCAGGUUAGGGAGGUGGCUAUAUGGUUAAAAGGGUAUUCUGAUUCCCCUUCAUAGAUGCUGACUUGUUGAUUUAACACUGAUAUUUUAUUUUAUUUUUUUUCCAUUGUAAAAACCCCACUUCUCUGCAUUUCCUAUCUUGGGUUUUCCCCCAAACUUGCUCUUGCUUCAUAAAAAUGCAUUCUUGAAUUAUCUUUCUUGUAACUUCUCUUCCUUUCUGGUUUUGAGUUAAAGGGGUUAUGGAGAUUCUAUCACCAGCUCCUUAUCUUGCAAAUCCAAGCUGGUUUCUUGAUGAGGGAAAGAGUACUAAAUGGACGCCAGCUGAGAACAAGGCUUUUGAAAAUGCUCUUGCUUUGUUUGAUAAAGAUACACCAGAUAGAUGGCAAAGAGUUGCAGAAAUGGUACCAGGGAAAAGUGUUGGUGAUGUGAUAAGGCAAUAUAAGGAAUUAGAAGAUGAUGUGAGUAGAAUUGAAGCUGGAUUAAUUACUAUUCCUGGUUAUAGUACUUCACCUUUUACAUUAGAAUGGGGGAAUAGUCAUAGUUUUGAUGGGUAUAAGCAAACUUAUGUUGUUGGUGGCAAAAGGCCUUUGUCUAGUAGGCCUCCAGAACAAGAGAGGAAGAAGGGUAUACCAUGGACAGAAGAAGAACAUAAGUUGUUUCUAAUGGGGCUUAAAAAGUAUGGAAAGGGGGAUUGGAGGAACAUCUCGCGCAACUUUGUUGUUACUAGAACUCCAACUCAAGUGGCUAGCCAUGCUCAGAAGUACUUUAUUAGACAACUUUCUGGUGGCAAAGAUAAAAGACGUGCGAGUAUUCAUGACAUUACAACAAUAAAUCUCCACGAUAAUCAAACGUCUUCACCAGAUUACCAGAAACCAACUUCACCUGAUCAACCAGCUGUGAUUUCGCAGCAGCCAAAAUCGGCUGCCAAUGCCGUGCACAAAAUGCCAUUUCAGUGGAAUCAGGCCAAUAAUGGGACAGCCAUGGGCUUCAAUUCUGCACAAGGAAGUUUGUUUAUGUCCCCUCUUUAUGGAGGAAACUCCUAUGGGAACAAUAAAAUGCAAAGCCAAAGCCUACAAAGAGGUGCUUUGCAUGAACCUUACUUUGGAUCUCAAAGUAUGAAUUUUCAGCUGCAAUCAGCACAUCAGUACCAUCAAGCGUAACACAGGCAUAUCCAAAUUAUCAGAACUUCGAUCAGCGCCGCCUUAAGAAAAAGCUUAUUUUCAAUUCAGUAUGUUAGUUUUUGUUUCUGCUUUUAUCGGUCUCUCUCGUCUUGUGAAUAUGUUGAUUGGCACUUCAAGUAAGCCUCGAGUUAGUGUGUCCUUUUAGGAAGUCCUAAAAAUCCUUACUCUCUGUAGUCUGUACUUAAAAACCAUAGUACAAGUGGAGUUCAUAUAAGAUGAGCAUAGAGGAACGGACGGAAACCUGUAAAAUCCUUUUGAGGGCAUAAUAGAAUUACAAGAGAUGCAAGGAAAA